CUGCGUUUACCUUCCUGCUCACGUGUUGACGUAAAGAACAAACACUAAUUUGGUACGUUUUAAGAACCAGGUCCAACAUACAACAGCCAUCAUGGGGAAACCAAGAGUUAUAAAGAAAAAGAAGAUCCAGGAUAGGGUCAACAAGGCCGGGCACAGUAUGAACCCGGACAGGAAAAGUGAUGGAAAUACAAACAUGAGGGACAAGGCGACUAUAAAUCGCAUUAAGAUGUACAAGAACUUCAAAGCCAAGCGGGACAAAGUUGGGAAAAUAUUAACGCCAGCGCCUUUCCAGUCAUGGUUACCCACUGGAACCGUUGCAAGGGUCGAGCCAAACAGAAAAUGGUUCGGGAAUACUAGGGUUAUUACCCAGAACGCUUUGCAGACUUUCCAGGAAGAAAUGACAAAGGUGAAGAAAGAUCCCUACAAGUUUGUCAUGCGACAGACAAAGCUUCCAAUAUCACUGCUGAAUGAGAAAGGUAAACAAGCGAGAGUCCAUGUGUUAGAUACUGAAUCGUUUGAAUCGACCUUCGGCAAAAAGAAGACCAGGAAAAGGCCAAAUUUGAAAGUUGCUGAUAUGGAUGCACUGGUUGAAAAGGCAAAAGAAGCUGGUGAUACUUAUAAAGCAGAGACUGAUAGGGAUCUUGAUAGAGGGGUACCAGAUUUCAAGGAUGAAACACUAGAAUUUGUGUUUAAAGCUGGGCAGUCGAAGAGAAUCUGGAAUGAACUUCAUAAAGUGAUAGAUUCUUCAGAUAUUCUGAUCAAUGUCCUUGAUGCUAGAGAUCCUAAUGGCACAAGAUGUUACCAGGUGGAAGAGUUUCUGAAAAAGGAAAAGCCACAUAAGCACAUAAUCUUUGUUCUGAAUAAAGUCGAUCUUGUACCAGUUUGGGUAACCCAAAAGUGGGUGGCUAUUCUGUCUGCAAUACACCCAACUCUGGCUUUCCAUGCAAGCAUCAUGAACCCAUUCGGUAAAGGUUCUUUGAUUAAUCUGUUGAGACAGUUCUCAAAACUGCACUCAGACAAGCGUCAGAUCAGCGUUGGUUUUGUUGGUUAUCCAAAUGUUGGAAAGAGCUCAGUUAUUAACACACUGAGAGCUAAGAAGGUCUGCAAAGUUGCCCCCCUUGCUGGGGAAACCAAGGUAUGGCAGUAUGUCACACUGAUGAAAAGAAUCUACCUUGUGGAUUGUCCAGGUGUUGUUUAUCCAACUGGUUCCACACCUACUGACUGUGUCCUAAAAGGCGUGGUAAGGGUUGAAAACAUCAGAACCCCUGAGGACUACAUUGAAGCAAUGUUGAACAGAGCAAAGAAAGAGUAUAUCCAAAGAACAUACAGCAUCUAUGAAUGGACAGACCAUGAGGAUUUCCUGACACAGUUUGCUAAACGGUCUGGCAGGUUGCUUAAAGGAGGGGAAGCUGAUAUAAGCACAGCAGCGAAAAUGAUUCUGAAUGACUGGCAGAGGGGCACCAUUCCAUAUUUUGUAAGACCACCAGGAUCAGAAAACACAGAAGAGGGAAACAAGGAAAAGACUGACAAUGAGAAGGCUAAUACUGUGGCUGAGAGUACUAAAAGUGCUGAAACAACUGCUGAAAACGAGGCUGUGAAAACUGAUUUGAAAAAGAAAACUAAAACUGUUCCUGUGGUUAUUCAAGAUUUCCAAAGAAUCAGAGUUGAACCCAACUUUACUGGAGAUGAUGUUAGACGAUUUGAAUUUAAAGAUUCUCAGCCUGAUGAAUCUGAAGAAGAACUUGAAUCAGAUGAUGAUAAUGAGGAUGAGGAAGAGGAUGAUGAAGAUGAGCAAGGAGAGGGUAAUCCUGAUUCAGAUGAGAAUAAUGAUGAUAAUGAAGAGGUUGAUGAAGAUGUUGAUGAGAGUAGUAAAGUUGGACGAAGUAAGAAAGAUGUGGCUAAAUCUAAAGUUGGUCAACUCAAGGGCAAAAAGAGCAAGAAAGUGACAGGGUCAAAGUUAGAAAAGAAGAGUAAGAAUGUGAAAGCCAGUAAAGAGAAGGAAAGAGAUGAAAAUGAAGUUGUAUUGAAAAUGAAACUAAAGGAGAUGAAAGGAAAAUUUGAAAAGAUGGGAAAACAAGGACAGACAAAGAGAAAUACAAAAACGAAACAAGAGAAAGGUACUGCUAAGGCAAAACAAGAUGGUAAAGUUCCAGAAGUUAACUCAGACAUUGUUGCAUCUACAUCAGUUGCAAAUGAUGUUGAAAUAGUUGAUGCACCAGUAAAUAAAAUUGAUGCAAACAAAUUCAAGGCUGAAGCCUCAUCUCUGAUUAAAAGAUUUCCUCAGACAAACUUUCUGAAGAAUAUGCAGGCAAAGACAAAAGACAUGGACAAAUACAAAAAGCAUAGUAAGCAAGGAAUGACAGUAUUUUCUGUGCAAGAGAAUGAAAAUGUUGCUUGUGUUGAAUUGAAUGCAGAAAACACCAACAGAAAGAGAGACAUGGAAAAAGAGGUCCAAAGAGGUGGAACAGGCAGAGGAGACAGAAAACGUAGAUUGAAUGAUGAUAGAGGAGCUACUGCUGAGCCAAAGUUGUCCAGCAAGAAGAGGAGACAGAUGGAGAGAGAUAUGAAGAAGAAAAAGAUUGGGGAUCAUUUCUACGCCUCUGCUAAUGUCAAGAACAGAAGCAAUAGAAGAUGAAAAAAAUGAUUGUGAAUGUGACUUUAUUAAUGAAUUGUUAUAACUUCAGUGUGUACAUGUAGGUACUGAACAUGUCGAUGUAUUUGAAGGGCAUUUUGGUAGAAAUAUGUAUACAAGUUUAAAAGGAUUUUUCUUCGCUGUGAUGUUUUACAAUUUAAUUGAAGGUGUCUCCUCUACAUGCCCAUUGUUAGCAAACAACAAUAACAUAUUGUAUUUUCUCUUUUAUAAAUCAUAUCUUUCUGGUUGUAAUGAGAUAUGUUUUGAAACAAAUAUUUAUAAUGAAAAUGUAAGACUAGGCUAAUUUGAAUUUACAGAUUAAAAUCUUAAUUUAAUUCUGCAAGUUUUAAAGUAUUUAGGUGAAUUAGCUGAUUUUAUGAUGUAUUGUAUGAAAUCACCUUGAUGAGAGGUGGUUCUAUUGUGUAAUAGCUAUAUUUUUAUGCCCCCACAAAGUGGCGGCAUAUAGGGUUGCCCUUUAUCGUACGUACGUACGUCUGUCCGUACGUACGUACGUACGUACGUACGUACGUACGUCCCGAAGAUUGUUUCCGAUCUAAUUCUUGAAAACCGUUUGUCCAAUCCUCACCAAACUUUAAACACAUGUUUGUGACCAUAAUAUCUUGAUCAAGUUCGAUAGUCAUGGAAAUCGCUUUAGUCAUUUAGGAGUUACGGCCCUUUUUUGCCAAAAAUACUUCAAAAAUAUAUGUUUCCAAUCUAAUUCUUGAAAAGUAUGUGUCCAAUCCUCACCAAACUUUACAUACAUGAUUGUGACCAUAGUAUCUUGAUCAAGUUCGAUAGCCAUGGAAAUCGCUUUUGUCAUUUAGGAGUUACGGCCCUUUAUUUGCAAAAAAAGACUUGAAAAAUACGUCCCGAAGAUUGUUUCCGAUCUAAUUCUUGAAAACUGUUUGUCCAAUCCUCACCAAACUUUUAACACAUGUUUGUGACCAUAAUAUCUUGAUCAAGUUCGAUAGCCAUGGAAAUCGCUUUAAUCAUUUAGGAGUUAGGGCCCUCAGAUUAUCCUGAAUAAUCAUUAUGGCUUAUUUUCUGUGACAAAAAAUCGAAGUGGGGGCAUCCGUGUCCUAUGGACACAUUUCUAGUUCAAUUAACACUGAUUGACAUAUUAUUAUGGAUUUUUCAUCGAUUGCUAUUGGCCAUAAAGUUAUGUAUGUUUCAACCUCAAACUUGUUUUAAUGUAAUAGGCUUUUAAAAUGUGUUCAAAGAAUUCUAAUUAUUCUUAGACACUGAAAUCUUCUCAAAAAGUAUACUUGAAAGAAUAUGAAACUAUUAAAUGAAAUGUAACUGUUUGAUUACAUAGUGCUCAUUUAUUGUUGAAUGUUAUUGAAUGUAAAUAUAUAAUUAAAGUGGUAUAAGUCA